AUGGAUUGGCUGGCUACCAAUCACGCCUCUAUCGAUUGUAAAGCCAAAAAGGUUUCCCUCAGGUUACCAAACCAAUCCGAACUUGUCUUUGAUGGGGCUGGAGUUUCUAACCCUCCCUGUAUUAUAUCCUCCAUGACAACCCAACUACUUCUAAGAAAGGGAUGUGAUAGUUAUUUUUGUUAUGUGAUUGAUACACAAAAAGAGGCCCCCACCGUUGAUGCAAUCCCUGUAGUUCGAGAAUUCCUGGAUGUUUUUCUUGAAGAUCUACCCGGUAUUCCAGUUGUUUGGGAGAUCGAAUUCGCCAUUGAAACCCAACCUGGCACACAACCUAUAUCAAAAGCUCCUUAUCGCAUGUCGAUAACAGAAUUGAAGGAGCUGAAGACUCAACUCCAGGAACUCCUGGACAAAGGUUUUAUUCGACUUAGUAUUGUUCGUGAAGAAAAAGGAUGGCACGAUGAGAUUAUGCAUCAAUUACUGGGAGCUGAACAAGAUAAACUUUUGAAGAAAAAGUACGAGGAACAAGGAAACACGCCAUAUCCUGAUUUCAUUAUAAGCAAUGGGAUAUUGAAAUUUCGAAAUCGAAUUUGCGUACUCGACAUUCCAGAACUCAAGAAGAAGAUAUUAGAGGAAGCUCAUAACUCGAGAUUGGUAGUCUACCCUGGCAACACAAAGAUGUACCAUGAUCUGAAGGAACACUACUGGUGGACACGAAUGAAAAGAGAUAUAGCAAGCCAUAUUUCCAAAUGUCUGCAUUGUCAGCGUAUUAAAGCGGAAUAUCAGAGACCUGCAGGGCUGCUGCAACCACUUCCUAUUCCUAAAUGGAAAUGGGAGCACAUUAUUAUGGACUUCGUGGUCGGGCAACCACAAUCAUUUUUUAAGAAUUAUGCAAUAUGGGUUAUAGUAGACCGAUUGACGAAAAGUCGCCAGAAAAGUUAUGUAGAUACUCGGAGACGGGACUUGGAAUUUCAAGUAGGGGAUCAUGUGUUCCUCAAAAUCUCACCCACAAGGGGAGUGAUCCGAUUUGGAAAACGAGGAAAGUUAAACCCACGUUACAUCGGGCCAUUCGAGAUACUAGAAAGGAUUGGCCUUGUAGCCUAUCGCCUAGCACUACCACCUGAACUAUCCAAUGUCCACAAUGUGUUUCACGUUUCAAUGCUUCGACAGUACCUUCGAGAUCCAAAGCACGUUGUUGAUUACGAGGAUCUGGAAGUUCAUGAGGAUCUCUCUUAUGAAGAACAACCAGUGCAGAUUCUCGAUCGUCGUGAUCAAAUUCUCCGAAACAAGACCAUACCGCUGGUAAAGGUCUUAUGGCAAAAUCAUCGCAUCGAAGAAGCUACGUGGGAAACGGAAGGUCAAAUGCGAGCCAAAUACCCACACCUCUUCGAAAGUUAA